CGCUAGGCGAAUAUUGGCUCGUUGGUCUUGACAUGACUCCCUCCUUCAAUGCAGUGAUUCUUCGAACGAUACAUCCCCGUCGACAACUGAAAAUAUAAAAUAUAUCUUGGCGUACUUCUACCACAGUCUCUCAGGGAUUUUGAAGGCCGUUUUAGAAAACUUAUUUUGCAUCCAACCAGAGACCCCCGCGUCUUUUCUCCCCCCCCCCCCCCUCGUCAUGGCGCCCUUCAAUCUCGAUACCUGCGCACGGCCUAACAUUCUCGCAUUGGAGCCCUAUCGAUGCGCUAGAGACGACUACAAAGAUGACGGGUUAAACAUCCUGCUAGACGCCAAUGAGAAUGCUUACGGGCCGCCCAUCACGGCUGCCGACGCAAGCAACGGCUUGUUCCGAGCCUCCAGCUCCGGCUCCGGCUCCGGCUCCGGCACCGAUGCUGACGGCCCCGGCGUCGACCUCCUCGGCCUGCACCGGUAUCCAGACCCGCACCAGCACGGAUUGAAGCAGCUGUUGUGCAACCUCCGGACCUACGCCCACACGCCUAAGACUCUCACGCCCGAAAACCUGUUCGUCGGCGUGGGUAGCGACGAGGCUAUUGACCUUUUGCUGCGCUGCUUCUGCGUGCCCGGCCAUGAUCGCAUCCUCGUAUGCCCGCCCACAUACGGCAUGUAUUCAGUCUCGGCCCAGUCGAACGAUGUGGCCCUUGUCAAAGUGCCACUGCUAGAGGCGCCUACCUUCGCCGUCGACACGGAUGCCGUAUGUAACACGCUAGCCAACUCGUCCCAGCACAUCAAGCUCGUGUAUCUAUGUUCGCCAGGCAACCCCACGGGCGCCCUGAUCGCCAAGGAGGAUGUGCGCCGCUUGCUCGAGCACCCGACGUGGAACGGCAUCGUGGUCGUCGACGAGGCUUACAUCGACUUUGCCCCUGACGAGGCGUCCCUAGCCGAGUGGGUCACCGAGUGGCCGAAUUUAGUAGUGAUGCAGACUCUGUCCAAGGCCUUUGGGCUGGCCGGCAUCCGCCUCGGCGCCGCCUUCACCUCGCCACCCAUCGCCCGCCUGCUCAACAACCUCAAAGCUCCCUAUAACGUAUCGAGCCCGACGAGCGCGUUAGCCACCUACGGCCUUUCCCCUAGGGGGGUUGCCGCCAUGCGUGCCAACAAGGCGCGCCUGCUCGCACAGCGCGACCGCUUGCUCGCCGCGCUGCCCCUCAUCCCUGGCGUCGGCCGCCUGCGCGGCGGGACCAGCAGCAAUUUCCUCCUGUACGAAAUGCUCGACGCCGCGGGCCGUCCCGACAACGCCACGGCGCUGGCCGUCUACGAGCGCCUCGCCGAGACCAAGGGUGUUGUGGUCCGCUUCCGCGGCAAGGAGCACGGUUGCCUUGGCUGCCUGCGCAUCACGGUCGGCACCAAGGACGAGGUGACGCGCUUCCUCGCCGCGCUAGAGCAGACGCUCGCCGAGGUCCGCGGUGUGUAGUUGUUGGGUCUGAUAGAGGAUGUGAUAUGCAGCAGGAAAUACAAAAGCAUUGGUAAAUUUCUGUAUGCGUACUCCUUCUCAUCGUUCUCUAUCGGCCAGGUAAGUUGCAUAAAUGACUAGACCAGUGUAUCUAUCCCUCCCUUUCUGCUGGGUCUGUACGUGCGUGCUACCUCUCAAGCAACCUGUCUCCUCUAGCGGCCUGCCGUAUAUCCUGGGCGAUGAUCGUCAACACUGUCCUUCUCCACUAGCUACUUGCUCUCAGGGGGUUGUCAAAUUAUUAUUGUCUUCUCACACUCACGCGGGAAAUAUAGAUAGGGAGGGAGGGAGGGAGA